AUGACGAUGAUGACGAUGAACCGCUGCUAAGUGGUAACGGUGUAGUCUCCUCGGAGAUCACCGAUUCUGACCUCAUGGUCGCCUGGGGUGGACUCAUAUCGGACUGGCAGGCAAAGCUCAAGGCUCUUGCCACCGCACCUAACCCUUCCAACCCCUGCCAGUUCGAUGCCGCCAUCCAACGUGAUCUGCCAAGAACUUUUCCCGCACAUGACUUUUUCAAGGAUCGAAAAGGUCAGGAGAUACUGUUCCAACUGAACCGUGUCUAUGCCCUGUACGAUGAGGAAGUGGGCUACUCACAGGGCAUCUCUUUUAUCGCUGCCGCUCUUCUUCUGCAUGUGAAACAGGCCUUCUGUGUGCUUGUUAAAAUCAUGUCCAACUACGGUGUUCGCCUGCUAUUCACGCGCAACUCUGAUGGCCUCUUCCGCAGUCUCUACCAGUAUGAGCGUCUUGUC